GUUUUUUUAUUAUAGCAAUACCAUCGACGGCGGUUGAUUGACUCCGUUGGCUUGCCGCCUGCGCGAUUUUUACAGAUUUUCGCGCGUGACUAGUUAUUUUAUGUUUAAUUAUAAAUAACAUUCCAUUAUGGGUGCAUAUUUAUCCGAACCUGUAACCGAGAAAGUGUCAAGCGAUGAAGCAAAUGAAAAAUUAGAAUGCGGCGCAAGCUCCAUGCAAGGAUGGCGUGUCAAUCAAGAGGAUGCACAUAAUACUAUCCUAGAUUUUGACGUGAACACGUCUCUUUUUGCUGUUUAUGAUGGUCAUGGUGGUGCCGAAGUUGCUACGUACUGCUCUCAAAAAUUGCCAGAAUUCAUUAAAAAUACAGACGCAUACAAAAAUGGAGAACUAAUUAAAGCAUUAGAAGAUGCAUUCCUUGACUUUGAUGCUAAUAUUGCUACAAAAGAGGUUAUGGAUAUCCUAAAGGAAUUAGCAGGUGAAAUAAACCCACCUGGUCCCAGCGACAAUGAAGAAUCUGAUGAUGAAAAUGUUAGUAAUCUAUACCAAGAGGCACACCUUCCUUUGCAGGAAGUACUGGCAAAAUAUGAGAACAAGCUCAGUACACUUCACCGUGCUAGACUUGGAGAUACAGCCACACCCCUUUCCCCAUGUUUAAGGGCUAAGAAGAACUCUGAUGAACCUGGAGGCUCUGGUAGAGGUGCAUCAAGUUCUAGUACUGGAUUUACAUUCGCAGCAGGGUCAAGCUCGGAGCAAUCUGCUGAUGCUGCUUCAUCCAGUAAAAAUGGGCAGUCAACAGAGAAAGAGGAAGGCAAUCCAGAAGAAGACACUGGUGGAGUAUCUUCAACAAACUCAAAUGAGGAAGAUAAAGAUUUGAAUGGAGAGGUAUCAACAAGUGAGCCAGGUAAAAAAACAGAUGAACAAACCAAAAUGGAUGUUGACAAAUCAAACACAACAGCACCAGACAGUUCUGAAGAUAAUUGUGACCAACCAGAACAGAGUGAAGAUGCCAAGAAAGUAGCAGUUAAAGAAAAUGGUUCUGACACAUGCAAUGGGGAAGUUACAGAUUCAAAACAAGCUGAGGGUGAAGAACACGACAUUACUUCAUCAAAUGGUUCCACCACUCCAGUUAAAAGUGGAAAAGCCAAAGACAAAACAUCACCUGUAUCGAGUUCGGAUAAAGUAGUACCAGAAAGGCCUAAAAAAGCCAAACUCCGACGUGCUGCAGUAGCCGUAUACGAAUCUCUGCUGCGACAGGCUGAAGAUGAUGAUGAAAGUGAUUCCAAUGACGAGACAUUUGAGGGUGGCGAGAUUAAUUCUUCAGACGAGGAAAAUUGCAAUGGCGUGGAGGAAUCCUCAAAUGACGGUGAAGGGGAAGAAGAGGAAGAUGAAGAAGAGUAUGAAGCUGAGUCUAGUGAUGAUGAUGGCGAGGAAGACAUCAGUAUGACUGAAGAACCUGGGAAUGACAGCGGCUGCACAGCUGUUGUAGCAUUACUCAAAGAAAAUGAAUUAUAUGUGGCAAAUGCUGGAGACUCUCGCUGCAUCAUCUGCAGGGAAGGCAAAGCCAUAGAUAUGUCCAUAGAUCACAAGCCAGAGGAUACCCCAGAGCAUGAACGUAUCACAAAAGCUGGUGGCAAAGUAUCUAAUGAUGGUCGCAUUAAUGGUGGUCUUAAUUUAUCGCGCGCUAUUGGUGACCAUUCAUACAAACAAAACAAAAAUUUGGGUCCAAAGGAGCAAAUGAUCACAGCACUCCCUGAUGUCAAGACGUUAACCAUUGACCCUGAAAAAGAUCAAUUUAUGGUUUUGGCUUGUGAUGGUAUUUGGAACUUCAUGUCUAGUCAAGAUGUUUGCGACUUUAUCUUACCAAGACUGGUAGAAGGCAGAGAAAGAUUAUCCCAGAUUUGUGAAGAGAUGUUUGACCAUUGCUUGGCACCAAGCACAAUGGGCGAUGGAACGGGCUGUGACAACAUGACGGCUAUUAUUGUACGGUUUAAGAAUGGUAUUAUUUCCGACGUUGCGAAACACACAAGCAGUACUGAGGGCACAAAAAAACGAGCCGCCGAAGAGGAACCCAGCCAAGAUGAACAACAGGAGUCCAAAAGGCAAAAGUUUGAUGAUACCCUAUCAAGUUCAGUAGUGACUUCGAGUGUGUAGAUAUAGGCAUAUAAUCUAAGGAUUAACAGUGUUCAAGCCACGUAUAGUAUUGUGAAAUGAUUGUUGGGACUGUAACACUAAAUGCCUCUUUCAUUUGGGAUUUCAUUAAACAUAUUUAAUUUUUAUAAUUUCACAGGAUAUCUUCCUGCUAUUUGACAUUUAUGGAUGAUAGAUAUCGCAUCCAAAAAUCUCUUCUGCCAAUGAGCAACACAUUAGACUUAGUACAUUUAAAGAUAAAAAUGUUUAUUUUGCAGCAGGGUGAAGUGGGAGACAAAGAUCUAUAAUAUAAUUUUCAAUUAAUUAGUCAUGUAGUUGUAUCAACAAGUGAUAGAAAUUAUGCAUGCACAUAGCUUUGAGUACCUAAUGAAGUCCAAAAAAUUUAGAUGAAUACAAAAUUGUAAUAAUUCCAUAUUUAUUUAUAUAUUCUCUUAAACAUGAAACUGCUAAAAAGUAUAAUAUUGCGUCAUGUUUUUACAAUUUUGUGAUUUUUCCUUAUUAUCAUUUUACGUUAUUUCAAAAUCUAAUCAAUGUUUAUUUAUAUCACAAUGAUUUCAAAUUUAUAGUACUCAAUUUUCUAGCUUAAUUGUAUUGAGUGGACUUUGAAAUAAUUUAGUUAUAAAACGAUAAUAAGAAAAACCACAAAAUUUGAGAGUAGAUCGCGAUUUUUUUUUUCAAGCCUUAAGACGACAGUCUUAAAUCGUUUUCCAGAUGAUUAUGUUACAGUAGAAUCUCGAUUAUCCAAAUCAAAUUAUACUGAAAAUCAAGAUUACUCAGUAUAAUCGAAAAUCCGGAUAAUCGGUUUCAAAGUCAAAUCGAACAAUUAAAUUUUAAUAUUUUUAUUAUGUAAAGGAUUUUACAUACGGCAUGUAGACAAUACGAUAUAAAAAAAAAUAUGAGCUAUAAUAUAAUUUAAAAUUUUGGUUGAAAAUAAUUAGUUGACGUAAUUAAUUACAUUUUUUUUUUUUAUUUUUAAUUGUCUACAAAUAAGUCGGUUGUUGAAACACUAUCUCGCAACAAUUGUGAUAUAAGAGCGGGAUUACUCACACGUUGGGCGGGAAACUUGUAACAUGUGUCGUUGUGCCGUGAAAUUAUUUCGAAAUCGGUAAAUGAGCCGUGAAGAAUAAGUCCGGAUAAUCGAUGUUCGAAUAAUCAAGAUUCUACUGUACUUAAAAAAAACUUGAGCAGAUAAAUGGAUUAUUAUCAAAGCUAUGUAUUCUACUUUAUGGUGCGGUAACAUUUUGGUAGUUUUAAUCAAUUGGGGUGCAUACUCGCCUAAACCGCACUGAUUUAUUAUUGAAAAUAUUUAUUUGUGACAACAAAUAUUUUUAAGAAUAUUCGGGAGCUAAUAAAUUGAUUAAAGAAAUCUUUAAUAUUUAUUUGUCAAUGAUUUAAUUAAAUGCUGCUUGCAAAAUGUUCAUUAGUUAUUUAUACCUUAUUAGUCACGUUUAUUUAUAAUAAAAGGAAAUAAUAAUUUUGCAUUAUUUGAUUAAAUCAUGACAACCAUAUUGCUGAAUGUUAUUGAAGAUUUCUAUUUAAUCUUGAGUAUAUAUCUACUAACGAGUAUACAGCUUUAGGGGAGAAAUUUCUCUUAUGGAUAAACAUGAGAACUGACUUGUUGAUGUAGUAAUUAGUGUGUAAGCUGUAAGUGUAAGUUGCAGAAAUAUUGUCUUAAAUUAAUUAUAUUCCAAUUUUUUUUAAGGAUAAUGUGUAUUUCUGGUUGCUUAGGAGGCAGGUUUUCUUAAGUAUGUUUUUCAGGUGUAUUCUAAUAAUAAUGGCUAGGUAUAAAUCACAUGCUGGCUAAGGACCUUAAGGGUAUGAUAAACAAUGUGCCAUUUUUAAAGGCCGCUGAUAGACUAAUAUAUUUUUCUUGUUACACACUUUGCUUUCUUGUGCAAUCUUAAAAAAAAUAAUUGUUCAAAAUGUAAUGAUGUUCUGGCAUUAAAUAUCUGUGAAAAUUUGUGAAAUUAUAAAUUGCAUACAUUUUCAUUUUGUAUAACAAAAAAAUGUUUUAGGUCACUGAAAAUCCGUACAGGUGGAACAACAGUACCAAGACGAAAAUAUUGAUUUUUUUUUUUAAAGAGGACAAAUGUAAAUCUGAUUUAAUAAUCUUUACCAAAAAUGUACUUAUUUGACAUUAAUUAAAUCCAGAUGUACAUUUAUGAUUUUAUGAAAAAAUUGUUACAUUGGCAUGUUCCUACUGUAAUGUUAGAAUUGUUCUAAAUUAAAAUCGGAAUCAAGGAAUGUAUAUUUCAAUUAUUUAUCUGUGUUACUCUGUAGUAAUAAGUAGUUAUAUUUUUGUAAUCACAGGUAUUGUAAAAAUAAACGCAUACUACAUAUUUAUGUUAAUAAAUUCCAGUUCCUUACAUUCUUAAAUUGACGGCGUGAUGCAGAAAUAAAUUAUGGAAAUAAUCCAUUAAUUUACAAUUCGAUUGUAGAAACUGUUUCCAUUAUAAUGUGUGUUUCAGUGAAAAUUACAUUUUUACAGACUGAA